CUAAGCAACAUUCAACGGGUAAAGACGUUUUAAAUUCUUUAUUCGGUUAGUAAAUUUGUUAGUUAACACUGUGUGUGUGUUUGAGUAAGUUAGUGAGAACGGGAGUGUACUGUUAAGUGAGUAACGGUUAAAAAGAGUGUGUGUUUUUUUAUUAAUUAAACGCAGAGAGAAAGAGCUUUGAACAAACUUGGCUUAAAGUAGAGAAUUCAAAAAAGAAUAAGAAGAUAAACCCUAUAACAACAAUAAAGAAAAUAAUAAGAGAGGUAAAAAAAGUCAAGUGUUUUCAGUUGUUGAUUUGAAGUUUAAUACUGCGUAUAUUAAAUCUUCACUUAAAGUCAGAAAGAGAGCAGCCUAAAAUAUACAACAUCUCGGAGCAGUGUUUCUUCUUGUACUUUAAAAUUUUUCUAUAAUAGAGAUCAUUUUGAUCGUUUUUCGGAGACGCAGCGAGAAACAGCCAAAUAAAAUUUAAAAUACUACUAUACAGUUUCAAAUUGACUCUUAAAGAAGCAACAAAGCGAAGAAAGAAUAUCGAAGCAUUAAAUUAUUAAGCGUUUCUUUUCUUAAUCGAGACAAGCAAACAAAAAUCCCAAGCUUAGGGUGUGGUGAGCUUAAAUAUACAAGCAAAAAAUAAAUUGAAUUGAAAUAAAAUUAACAAAAACAGAAGAUUUUAUUAAAUUUUCCGCGAUAUUUUUUUUAUAUAACCAAAUAAAAAAAUAUAAACAAAUAGACCAAAAUGUCUACAAAUAGAAGAAAUUUAUUUUCAACACAAAUAUCCACCUCACAAAUGCUCACAUUCUUUGUGAUAUUGAUGACGACGUUAACGUUUAAAGGCGCGCAGGCCCAAAGAACACCAACGAUCUCUUAUGUAACACAGGAACAGAUCAAGGAUAUUGGCGGUACAGUAGAAUUUGACUGUUCCGUUCAAUAUGCCAAAGAAUAUUCGGUUAUAUGGACAAAAACCGAUGGCGAUUCGGUAUUUUUAUCGACGGGCUCUACUCUGGUGAUUAAAGAUUCCCGCUUUUCACUGCGCUACGAUCCCAGCUCCUCCACCUAUAAGCUGCAAAUUAAAGACAUACAAGAGACCGAUGCUGGUACUUACACCUGUCAGGUGGUCAUUUCUGUUGUUCACAAAGUUACCGCCGAUGUAAAAUUAUCGGUCAGACGUCCUCCAGUAAUUUCCGACAAUUCAACACAAUCUUUGGUAGCCAGCGAAGGCAGUGAAGUACAAAUGGAAUGUUAUGCCAGUGGCUAUCCAACACCAUCAAUUACUUGGCGUCGGGAAAACAAUGCUAUUUUGCCAACUGAUAGCGCUACCUAUGUGGGCAACAUUUUGAAAAUUAAAUCGGUUAAAAAAGAAGAUCGUGGUACUUACUAUUGUGUAGCUGAUAAUGGUGUCUCUGUGGGCGAUCGUCGUAACAUCAAUUUAGAAGUUGAAUUUUCCCCUGUCAUUACCGUGCCCCGUCCUCGCUUGGGACAAGCUUUACAAUACGACAUGGAUUUGGAGUGCCACAUUGAAGCCUACCCACCACCAGCCAUUGUCUGGCUCAAGGAUGACAUUCAAUUAUCCAACAAUCAACAUUACAGUAUUUCACAUUUCGCUACUGCCGAUGAAUAUACCGAUUCUACUCUACGUGUCAUUACCAUUGAAAAACGUCAAUAUGGUGAUUAUGUCUGCAAGGCUGUAAAUAAAUUGGGUGAAGCUCAGGCUCGUGUUAAUCUUUUUGAGACAGUUAUUCCAGUAUGUCCUCCCGCCUGUGGCCAGGCGUAUUAUGGUGAUGCUGAACGUGUGGCUGCCACCUCCUUGGCAUCGUUAGCUAUUCUCUUAACAGCUUUAUACGUCAGAUAAACAGUUUCCCGCCUUCCUGAAUGUGUAGCCAGUGAUUAAAAUGUUAAAUAAGGCUUUAAACA